GCUUCAUCCACUUCCCCCGCCCGGUGCCGUGCUGUCGCAUUCCUGGGCGGAGAGAAGAGAAAGGGUGAGCCCCGCGCACAGAGGGAGGAGUUGCGAGCUGGGAUGAUGGAGAUGGAUAGGAGAAGGGAACUGCCUCAUUCCAAGCCCAUUCUCGAUGACUGAAGGCGGCACAGGGCCGUGGGAAGGAUGUUGCGGCCCUGAGGAUGGUGCGCGCAAAUGGCAUACACGACUGAGGAGCUACGCAGCACCGCAGAGCUCGGCAGAUAGGGCUCAUCGGCGCACUCGUGCUGCAGCGUCGUAAGGUGGUCUUGCGGACCAACGAAAACCGUCAUCACAUGAAAGGUAUGCAAACAAACAAUAUGGCAGAGAGUCCCUGCGUCGCUGCUCCAUGAUCUCUCUCAUGCGUGAAUGUUGCAUCGUGUUUGCAGCGCCACUCGGGAGUCGCUGAUCGAAGGCCUGCUCGCCAACGAGCCUCUGCUCACGGCCCUGCUCAGCCAAAGCCAUGCCAUCCCAAAGCAGGCCGAGCGCCCCAUCGAGAGGCUCAUCCACGCCCUCCUGUGUAGCCCGUCGUCUAUCGGCCGCCUGAAGGCCCUCCUCAUUCGCAAGCUGCAGGCGCCGGCACCACCAUCGGCGGCCCUCUUCCCGCUCAGCCGUGAGGUGCGUCGACAGCGGUGCCUGCAGCUGCUGGCAUGGCUCGAGAGGGGCACAUCGAAGGACGCUUGUGAUGGUGGCCAUGGUGGCCAUCGUUCUGAUGAACCAUCACCGGUCGUGCAGCAGCAUCAGCAGGCUAGGGAUGGUGAUGAUAGCACUGGUUUGGUGGAGGAUGGCGACUCGAUGGAGGGCGGGGAUGGCUGUGCAGUUGUCGCCGAUCGAGACGGAGAAGAUGCAAGGGCAGCGUACAGCAAACAGGUAGGUGGGUCAUUCGUUGAUCAAACAGACAAUGAAUGUCUGGCCGUACACGUGUGAGUGAAUGUGUGUGUGCGUGGUCCAGUUGUCGUUCAGCUCGUGGAGAGGCUCAUCCUGCAGAAGGAAAGGUGGAAGCACGCACCCACCAGUCAGCCAAUCGCCCAACCAGGGUGUCGACUCUUGUCUCUUGGCUCUUGUCCACCUGCUAUGGAUGCUUGCAGACAGAGGGAGGCAGCUCUCCACCUCAUACAAAGGUCCACAAGACACACACAGACGACGACAGACAGACCCUUACGCCACAUGUGCGUGUAUGCUUCUCUCCCUCUCCGUCUGUCUGUCUGGCCAUAGACGUCAGCACCGGCUGCUCCGCACCGCUCUGCAAAGGCUGAGACCACACACAGAUGGUGCCCACAACACACCAGGUGAGUAACUGAGGACAGAACGACAGAAAAUCUACCGGGAUGAGGUGUUGGGUUGUUGUACUGUCAGAUGGUGCUGCAUCUGGCGGUGGCCGUGA